CCCAGUCCGGCGGGGACUGUGUGUUAUAUCGGCACCGAACUGAGUUUUGGGCGUGUUGUAAACGUACACUGGCGUGGUAUUGGCAAGCGAUGGUGAAGUGAACUUUUUGGAGACCCAAAGUUGUCAGACAGCGCAUCUUGCACGCAUGCGCAUCCUCCUAUCCAGCUCUAAAUAAGAGUUAAAACACAAACGAGCCAAGGUGUGGCGGCUGCUAUACCUUGCCAUACCCAAUUGACGCCCCUGGCGGCGAUAAUCAUGCCCUGUCAACACGCUAUAGGUUAAUCAUAUCAGUGGAGUGGGAAUGACAGACACUCCACCCAGUGAUGGACCCUCACAGGGAGCUGAGUUUGACAUGAUAAGUGCUCUGGACUGGAAGGACGGCAUCGCCACGCUGCCAGGCAGUGACAUCAGGUUCCGCAUGACAGAGUUUGGGACUCUUGAGAUUGUCACAGAUCUCGAGGUCAAAGGGCAGUCGGCAGAGCCUAAGAGUGAGACCUUGGACCCAGCGCCGUCUCACACUCCAACCCCUCCUCCAGAGGCCCAGUCACAGACUGGCUCAACUAUAGCACCAGCCAGUCAGAGUAAGCCUGGAGCUCAAACUAAAGUAGAGGGCUCGAGCACGGGGACUUCCAACAUGGAAGUUAGGGCCAGUGCUGCAGUUGGUUCUAAUGCAGGCGUGGGUCCUAAUAGGGAGCUGUCAAGGUGCCAGACCUGUGGCGGUCAGGUUCCCAAAGAUGCUCUACUGCAGGGCAAAUUCUGUGGCGCCAGUUGUGCCCAGCCCUCCAGUGGCAGAUCAUCUCCUGUUGAAGCAAGGGAGAGUCAGGCAGUAGAAGGUGAGAGAUUGGGAAAACGGGUGCGCAAAAAGAGAAAGAUCUACAUGGAUUCUGGUGAUGAAGAGGAAGAAAACCAAGAGGAACCAGAGGAAAAGGCUAAGACUAUCAAAGGGAGGAGAGGAGCAAAGAUUGCCAAGCUGGGAACUGCCCCAACCAAUAAGAAACGGGCAUGGAGCUGGCCCGCUUACCUGGAAGAGGAGAGGGCCGUUGCUGCUCCUGUUAAGCUAUUCAAAGAGCACCAGUCAUUUCCUCAAAGUAGGAACAGUUUUAAGGUCGGCAUGAAGCUGGAAGGCCUAGACCCGUCUCACCCCUCUUUGUUCUGUGUGCUCACUGUGGCAGAGAUCCAGGGUUACAGAGUAAGACUCCACUUUGACGGUUACCCAGAAUGCUAUGACUUCUGGGCCAACGCUGACUCGUGGGAUCUGAAACCAGCUGGCUGGUGUGAAAAGAACGGACACAAGUUAUUGUUGCCUAAAGGGUGCAAGGAAGGAGAGUUUAAUUGGAGCAUGUAUGUGAAGAACUGCAGGGGCCAGCUGGCACCUAAACACCUCUUUAAGAGCCUCAACACAUCAGUGACUCCAUCUGGCUUUAGAGCAGGGAUGAAACUGGAGGCAGCUGACAGGAAGAAUCCACUGGUGAUCUGCGUGGCAACGAUUGCUGCUGUUGUCGACAACCGAUUGCUCAUUCACUUUGAUAACUGGGAUGACACACAUGAUUACUGGUGUGAUGCCAGCAGCCCAUACAUCCAUCCUGUUGGUUACAGUGAAGAGAAUAAGUUUACUUUAACCACUCCAGCUGAAACCAAGAGUUUUUCAUGGGAGAAAUACCUGGAAGAAACAGGGACACAGGCUGCUCCUGCACGAGCGUUCAAACCGCGACCUCUACAUGGCUUCCAGAUGGGCAUGAAAGUGGAAGGUGUUGAUAAGAGAAACCCCAUGCUCAUACGUGCUGCAACUAUAGUGGACACCGAGGAUCACAGACUUAAAAUCCACUUUGAUGGCUGGAGUUCAGAAUAUGACUACUGGGUGGAGACUGACUGUCCAGAUCUGCACCCUGUUGGGUGGUGUCAGAAAACUGGACAUCCAUUACAGUAUCCAAAUAACGGCAGUGAUGUGUUUACUGCCCCAGGACAAGGAUGUCCCACCCCAGGAUGCAAUGGAGUUGGACACAUUAGAGGACCUCGCUACGGGACACACUACACGCAGGUGAGUUGUCCAUACUCGGAGAUGAAUCUGAACAAAGAGGGCUUGCUGCCAGACCGUCUGAGUGGCGAGAGACCUCUGACCCUUAGCGGGCCUCAUCCACGAGGGCGACGCCCCGACACUCAGACAAACGUUGCGACACAGAACACCUCAACAGCAGAGCAGUCUGAAGGAGUUGGGGACACUCAGAGCAGGAAACAAAUGGCAGGGGAACCGGAGCAUUCAGUAUGCAACAACCAGCCAGAGUCACUGGGUGGAGCCAGUGAGCAAAGUCACAAUGGAACAAGGCCUAAACGGACAGCCCCAGUUCCAAAAUACCUAAAAAUGCACUAUGUCAAGGAGGAGAUUAGUGAUGGUAAAGCUUCUCCAGAUGCCAUCUCUCUCCAGCAAGCACUCCACGAGUCUGUGUUCUCCCCUGGCAUCUCUGCCUCUCCCCCCCACCGGGUGGCUCUCUGUUGGGACAAACACUGCCAGCUGCUGCCUGAGGUCCUGGGCCUGACUGCCAAGAGAGUGGCUACUUGGAGUGCUGAAGAGGUUGCCGGUUUUGUCAAAGGACUGCCAGGAUGUAAAGAGCAUGCAGCAACCUUUAAAACAGAGCAAAUAGAUGGCGAAGCCUUCCUGCUUCUCACCCAAGCAGACAUCGUCAAGAUCCUGUCAAUCAAGCUAGGACCCGCUCUGAAGAUCUACAACUCGAUCCUCAUGCUGAAGAAUGCAGACGAAGAGUGAAAGCAGACUUCACCAAGAAUCACUCACUUUUUUCUGGUCCUUCAGCUCUGGCUGAGCGUUCUCCCAGAUGAGAGCCUUUUGAUAGAAUCCACGAGAACAAGUUUAAUUUGUUGUGCUCUGCUGUGUUGCAGCUACAACAGAGAGACAACAGGAAGCCAUCAUCUUUAAAACGUCCCAUCUCUCCUCUCUUUCUUUACGAUGGACAGCACUGGCCAACCUGGGAGGGAGAGUUUAACUUCUGUUGUGUUUGUUUACUAAAUGGUUGGGGGGGAGGAAAAAACUACAGGCACCUUCAAGGCUUCUUAACAUUGUACAGUAUGAAUUGGAUUAAUCAUUCUGAUUCUUGCAUUUCUUGUUUUAUUCUUAGUGUAACAAAAUGGUGCAUGAGCUCAGAGCAGGAGGAACAAAGGUGUUUGUGUUGCUAAUUACUAAAGAAUCAGACGUUACUUUUUCUCUUUAAAAUGCUGCAAAAUGCAAUCGGGAGGUAGUUAGAACUUUUAAAUGUGAAACCCAGUGGAGCAAAAGCACUAGUAGUUCAGCUUUUCUCCUGCAGAUGGAGUCAAAAGGCUGUUCACCAAGCUCAAAGAGCACCAUUGUUGGAUUUAUGUGGAGUUUGCAGGAGCUAGAAUUCAAUGGGGAUGGUCAAAGGCGUUUUUUGUGUGCAAAUAUGAUUGGGUGUCCUUGAGAACUGAGGAUGUGAUUUCCUGCCAUCCUGUGUGUUGCUUUGUCAGCAAUUGUUUUGUGACUAACAUGACUGAAGGGCUAACAGGUAAAUCAAGAAACCUUGCUUUUAAGGUUAAAAACACAAAAAAAAGACAAUAUACCAGCCCUUGUUAUCUUUUUUUUUAUUUAUUUGUUUUUUUUUCCUCUCAUUUUUGAAUAAGAAUGUUAAACAACUUCAAGUUGUUGUGUUGAUAAUCACCACCUUGUUCAUGGUUCAUUUAACCUCUGAUAUCCCUAGUGUAAAUAGUAUACAGCUACAGGAGCCUCGCUCCCUACCAGAGUUUACUCUUGCUUGUUUAUGCAAAAGCUUAAAAUCUUUCCAUACUGGGAAGGACAUUGUGGCAGUGAAGUGAAAUACCACUAACUUCAUUGAUUUUUGGUGAGAAAGAAAACGAUUGUCAGUGUCUGUAUAUAAGCGUGUAAGUCAGCAAGUCAGCAUGUGUAUAUCAACAACAGUUUAUAUGCAAACGGCUUUUAUUUAUGUACCGUAAAUUAAGGGAUAAUGGUACGUUAGUCUGGCUCUGAGGAGGCUGUGGAUGUCUGAUGGAAUGUGUGAAUGAGAGAAAAAUAAAUGAGAUGCUCACUGCCA